UCUUUGAACAGCCCUCAGGCUUUACCUAUGCAUACAUACAAGGAAGGAGAGCUUUAGAGAUAGAGCGAGAGAGAGGGAGAGAGGGGAAGGAGAGAGAAUGGAAGCAGUAGUGGCAGCAAAACCAGUGAUAACAGUUGCAGCUCUCUGCGGUUCUCUCCGUAAAGGAUCCUUCAAUCGAGGCCUCCUCCGUUCAGCGAUUCAGAUAUGCAACGAGUCCAUAAACGGUAUCAAGAUUGAGUACAUCGAGAUAGCGCCACUACCAAUGCUCAAUACUGAUCUCGAGAUCAACGGAACGUUUCCACCGGUCGUUGAGGCCUUCCGGCAGAAGAUUCGUGAAGUUGACAGCGUCCUUUUUGCUUCCCCUGAGUACAAUUACUCUGUCACUGCACCUUUGAAAAAUGCAAUCGAUUGGGCAUCUAGACCACCAAAUGUUUGGGCUGACAAGGCUGCUGCUAUUGUGAGUGCGGGAGGCGGUUUUGGAGGGGGACGAUCACAGUACCAUCUCCGUCAAAUUGGAGUCUACAUUGAUCUUCAUUUCAUUAACAAGCCUGAAUUUUUCCUGAAUGCCUUCCAAGCUCCUUCGAAGUUUGAUAGUGAUGGUAACUUGAUUGAUAUGGCAACCAAAGAGAGGUUGAAAGAAGUUCUUUUAUCCUUGCAGGCCUUUACAUUGCGACUACAAUCCAAGUGCUGAAUAAAUCAGUCUGGUAGAUUCUUCCUCCUUUAUAAAAGUGUGAUUGCUAUCUGCAUCUAUUAUGCCAAUGGACAUGACGUUGUUGUGCAGUUGAAAACAUGUCAUUGUUAUAUUAAUUUCAGAUGGAACUUACACCAUGCUUAUUAAUUUAUGUUACUUCUGAAAUGUUUUGUGCUGAAAUAAACUUUCUUGGUCUUUAUUGCAACA